AUGUUCGUGGAAGAUAUCAAAAAUGACUUCUAUAAUACUCUUCUUGGGAACCGCGUCUUAUUACUAGUCCAUUAUGAUGUGGAUGCGGUGUGCACGUGCAAGAUUCUCCAGGAUCUUUUCAAAUGUGAUAAUAUUUUGUACACGUUAGUGCCCGUGGGAGGGAUUUCGGAUUUAAAAACCGCUUACGAAGAAAAUAAUGAGGAGAUUAAAUUUGUUGUACUAGUAAAUUGUGGUGGAACAAUAGACCUGGUUGAUAUUCUGCAGCCAGAUGAAGAUGUUAUAUUUUUUGUCCUUGACUCCCACAAACCCACUGAUAUUUGUAAUGUGUACAGUGAUGGACAGGUGCGACUAGUAUAUAAGGAUGACGAAGAGAACAUUCCAAAUUUUGAUGAUAUAUUUAGAGAUGAUGAAGAUGAAGAAGAAGCCGACGAGAACCUUCAAGGAGCAGACAGGCUGGAGGCCAUGGUGGAGCGUAGGAGGGAUAGGAAGGCAUGGGAAGAGAGGCGGCACACACUUAUGUUUAAUUAUACACAAUUCUCAUACUAUGGCAAACCUAGUUCCUGUGUAGCGCUGGAGCUCGCUGUUCGCGCAUCACGCAAUAAUGCAGCCGCACUGUGGGCCGGGGCCGUCGGCUGCGCCGCGCACUCGGCCCUCUAUUUACGUCCACCGGCCCAAUGCCUCCUUGAUGCUGAACCUCUGAAUAGAUGUCUUAAUGCUCAGAGCCAUAGCACAACAGCUCAUGUCGUAGUGGAGAAAGACGCUUGGCUGCCUCUGUACCGCUGGUGGUCUGUGGAAGGUGCCCUCAGCCACGCCUCCUUCUUCACUCCUAAGCUGAAGCUGCACGCCAGUUCCGGUGCCAGUCGUCUGAGGCAGUUGCUCGCUGACAUGGGGUUCCCCCUGCAACAAGCCCGCCAGGCCUAUCGAUCUAUGGACGUGGAGUUACGUCGCUGUCUUCUUUCAGCCCUGGAAACAGCAGCCCCUAAACACAAGCUGCCCAUCCCUACUCGCCCCACCUUUCUGCUCCACAAGCCCCAUUCGCCCCCAAUGGCCGCUUUGGACGCGGUCUACGCUAUUAUGGCGCUCAUUGAGCAUGAAACAUUACCAAAAGCGGUUGGGUUUCAAAAGGCACUCUCAGCCCUCCAAGUGAAUGGAGAGAACGAACCUCUGAAAGUGGGCAUCACGGCUGCACGGAGAUCUCUGGAGGCAGUAGCGCGUCUAGCACAUUCCACGCUUUCCUCCCGAGGGUUGCUCCUAGCUGGGCCCUUCAACUACUUCAUUGUGCAAGAGGGUACAUCAGAAGCUGGACUUGUCCGAGGUCCUCUUUGGCUGGGUGAAGCUGCUCGCUGGAUAGCCACGGCCACGUCUGGCGCUAGACCUAUCCUGGCCAGCGCACCUCUGCCUGACGGACAGUGCUUGCUGUUAGGCUUGCCGCCGAGAUACGACCAGGAACCUCGGAACUUAUUUGGUGCAGCAUUUGAACAGGCAGCUCAAAAGAGCGGGAUCUCGGUUGUUCUGGAUUACGUCGACACAUCCGUGAUAGUGCUCCCGACGUCUCAACGGACACAAUUCUUAGACGCGCUCACGGCUUUGCUGGCCUAA